AUGCUGACGGCGACGGCGACGCUGACCGUGUCGGCCGCGCAGCUUGCGCGGCACUGGCCGGCGCCCUACGUUUUCGCCCAGGCAGGGAAGCUGGCGGUGUUGUGGUCCGCGCUGGGAGCGGCGAUGGCGUCCGCGACGCGAAUGGGGGCCGAUGGCCUGCUGGGAGCGCUGAUGCUGACGAUACCGGUGGUGCAGUUCCCGGUGCUGCUCUCUCGGCUGCGUGUGGGGAUGUCCUUGACGAGGGCGUACACCACAAACAUGGCGGCGGUCUUUGCCCACGUGCUGCACUUCAUGGAUGUGCUGCAGCUCUACUUCACCGGAACGGAGCUGGGGCAGUUCCCGGUCAACGUCAAACUGCUUGUGCUCUUCCUUGCCAUCGUCGGACACACCACCAGCAACAUGUACUACACAGCGCUCUUCCUGAAGGACGAGGAGACCGUGCGGUUCCUGCGCCGCUUCGGCGCGCGCGGCGAGGACGGCACCGACCUGAUUGCCCGCACGGAGCGGCCGAGGGACGACGAGCUGCUGCACUACUUCCUCUGGACGUUCUUUUUUAUCGACCUUCCCUACGCCGUGGUGCGGCUGGUGGCACUCGCCGUCCACGGCGCGGCGGUGUCGGUGUUCCUCGGGAAGAACUUCAUGAUGGCGGUGGGCGUCGUCAUGCUUCUGCUGCGCGGGCGCACGCCGUAG